AUGCGCUGGCAUCUCUCCCUUACUUCUCAGCGUUGCAGUCGCAGUCGCCAGGGCUCUGUUUACCAUGUUUACCAGCAGCAACCUCAAGGAAUCGUCAUCCAAAAGGACCCUAGAGAUAAACUCACCACCACCAUCCGACGGAAAACAAGCCUCGACAUCUUGUCGAUGAAUCGGCUGAUGAGGCAGGCCGUGCUGCCUCCGGACUCUGCUACCACCAAAUUGGCCUCCCAAGCGUUCAAAGACGUCCUGGUCGUAUCUCAUCGACAUCGAGAUGAGGGAACAGCUGUCACAUCCCACGCACGCAGCCUUCCCGAGGCGCCCCCGUACGUACCGUACCGCAUCUAA